AUGUCGGGAUAUAGUCCAUUGGAAUACGAUGACGGACCUCUUGUAUGGGUAGAUUGCGAAAUGACAGGAUUGGAUUUCUUGAAUGAUCGAAUCAUAGAAAUCGCAGUUAUAAUAACCAAUGGGAACUUAGAACCUGUUGAUGAAGGUAUUGAAUAUAUCAUUAAUACUCCCAAGGAAGUUCUGGACAACAUGGGCGAAUGGUGUAUCAAUCAACACGGUAAAUCAGGUCUCACGAAAUCAUGUUUAGGAUCAUCAUUAUCGUAUGAACAAGUAUCUUUGAACGUUUUAAAUUACAUUCAAAGAUGGAUACCUGAAAAAGGCGCUGGUGUAUUAGCUGGAAGUACCGUACAUGCCGAUAUGAGAUUUAUGAUGAUUGGUAUGCCCGAAGUGAUGAAACACCUUUCUUAUCGUAUAGUCGACGUAAGUUCCAUCAAGGAAAUAUGUAAGAGAUGGUACCCAUCUGUCAGACAACAAGAUAAACAAAGGCGUACAGAAGAAUGUGCACAUCGCGCUCUCGAUGACAUCAAAGCUUCCAUUGCAGAACUGAAAUUUUAUCGAGAAAAGAUCUUCAUACCUGUUGAAGAUAAACUAGAGAGAGCCACUACGCCAGAAGAUGAAAGACAAGGUAAAACUGCCAUCUAA